AUGUCUGGAUUUGACGAACGCCCCGUAUACUUCAGCGAUGCAUUUGGCUCUGAAGAGCAAACAGAUGAUCGAGAAGUCAACAGAAUCAGCGCAAGGAAGAGAUUCAGGGAAUUCAUUCGCGAAUUUCACGAGGGAACCUUCAGCUAUCCAUACCGGUAAACAAAAUGGCGCUUGCCUAAACAGCGUGGAUCUUUUGCUUGUCUAGAAAACAAGCCUCGAUCAUUGCAUUGUACCUUCAUUUAUAAUCGUUUGAAUGGAAAAAGUCUGUUUGAUUGACAAAAUUCACUCACGGAAUUUCUAAAUUAUGCGCUUUAGUCACAUAAUAUAGAACGUUUAAUUUGGACCAGGGUGCAAACAUGUGCUCUGGAAAAUAUUAUUCUGGCUGAUCGUUGAAAAAACUUAGGUUCUUUUGGCAUUUAAGUUUUCGAUCGAAUGAGGGAAAAUAUCUAACAGAGGAGAGGAUUUGGUGUUUUUUGGAAACCUUUGACAGAAAUCUGUGGUGAACAACACAGGGCGAAUAUGAUGUUUGUAAGCUUGCUUAGGCAAAAGUUUUUACUCGAUCCGUGUUUCUUAUUCUAGCGAUCAACUCAAAAGGCAUUACAAUCUUGGCCAGUAUUACCUUGAAGUAGAUCUGCAGGAUUUGACCAGCUAUGACGAACAACUUGCUGAUAAACUUACAAAGAGUCCAGCAGAAUUCCUUCCUCUGGUAAGUUUGCACCUUAGAAACUAGCAGUGCCAUUGAUUUGAAACUGAACCAAUGUUUCCUGUCAUCAUGACUUGAAUUUAGAUUUAGAACACUUAAACCACACUGGCCUGGUAAAAGUGGGCUCCAAUUCAAGUUGUUGCUUGGAGGUCUGUUGUUGCUUUCCUAGUGACUGUUUUGUUAUGUUACUUGUUUGUGGCUAGACACUUCGAUCAGCCUUUUAUCUUAAACUCCUUAACAUCAUUUUUUCCAGCGUUGUAAAAAAAAUAAUGAAAAAUAAUACAAAUUUUGACAUUUGAAGGGUGGGCGAUAUUAAACUGAGAAUGUGCCACCCGAAAAGGAAUUGUUUUGUGGUAUUAAUUCAUGCUGAAGAAAUUUUCGCAGAAGGGGAUCCACCCACCCAAAAUAACAGAAGCGAGACUGUAAUCUAAGAAAAAUUCAAUUGAGCCCAGUUCUCUGAACCUCUGAAACCCAGGGUGUCUAGCAUAGGAUUUGUAUGAAAAAGCUAACAUGGAGCAAAAAUUAGGCACCAGGUACCACUGGGCUCUGCCAGAGCACAGAGCUGAGAAGUGAAAAAUAAAUCCCUAUAUGUGGUAUAAAUAUAUGCCCUGGUUACAGACCAGAGUAUUAAACAAAGUCUACAUUUGGAAGCAUGGGCAGCACAACCCCCUCUCCCCUCCCCGUCCUCCCACUAAUCACUGGGGACAAAGAGCUAGCCUGAUGUUAUGAUUUAACUUCAUGUAGUUUGAAGAUGCUGCAAAGGAGAUGGCAGACGAAGUAACAAAACCCAGGCCACUUGGAGAAGAAGAGGUUCAAGCCAUUCAAAUAACAUUGAAGUCAGAUGCUAAUCCCAUGAGUGUCAGAGAGCUUAGGGCAAGUAUAUGGUUUUGAAUAAACACUGCGUCACGAUGUCCAAAAUCCAUAAAUUAGCGACUUUAACAGAUUAGAUACCUUUGUUAUUAAUAUCAACUUAGUUUUCUGUCACUUCAUUGAUAUUAUUUCUGAUUUCAACAAGAGAAUGCAAAGAAUGCCAACACAUUUUUGUUAUAUUAUUUUAUCUUGAAAAGUUAUUAGAAACUGGAAAAAAGAUUGAAACUAUGCUUUCCUAUUGAAUCAAAUGCCAUAGGCAAAAUUUUGCGCACUACUGAAUAAAAAGGUAAGGUAAAAGGUAGUGGCACACACGAGCCAAAAGCCCAAUUGGUCAGAGCUUAUCCCAGUAUCCGGUCGUAGCAUGAAGCAUAUCCAGGUGUAUUGCUACUCACCCCUGGAUGGGAUGCUAGUCCAUUAUAGGGUUACCCCCAGCAGUAUGUUGCUGGACUCAUUUAUACACCUAGGUUAAGAGAGUCAAAGUGGAUUAAAGUUUCUUGUCUAGAAAACAACGCAACAGGUGAGGCUUGAACACCAGGGCUCCAGAUCCAGAGUUUGAGGUCUUACCCAUUAGGCCACACACUUCUCCACUGAGGAAAGAAAAUCCUCACAAAUUAACAAAACUUAAUUAUUUAUAUAGCGCAAGAUAUAUGGGAGUAUGAUCUAAUGCUUUAUCAAUUUUCCCUUUGGUAUCAUUUAUGACCAAGCUCUUCGAUCUAUUUAUAUCUAUAUGACUUUUUAUUUUAAUAUUAUUAUUAUUUUAGUCUGAACAAAUGGCCAAACUUGUAAAGAUUCCUGGUAUCAUAAUCAGUGCUUCAGCUAUUCGCGCCAAGGCAACCAACAUCACCAUCCAGUGCCGCUCUUGUCGUAACACCAUCUCUAACAUUCCUCUCAAGCCUGGUCUGGAAGGAUAUGCUAUGCCACGUAAAUGUCCAAGGUAGAGCCAGGUCUUGUAAUUUCAAUAAAAUAGGUGUAAAAUAGCUUAAGAAUAAGCAAGAUGCAGAAGGCCAAUAUGGAUGCAAUGAGUUGCCUGAUUUAUGUAGUAUAAAGUGACAAAAAGUAUUAGAAAUAGAAAAUUCUGGUGGAGCAUGUAUGUGCAUCCUGAAAUCUUGAGCCUGGCUUGAACUGGUUUUCUAAGAGAAAUAUCUAUAUUCUAGUCCCUGGUUCCAAAGAGUACAAAGCCUAACCUUCUUUGAGGUCCAAAUGGUUGAAAUCUAUACUCACCUUUAGACGGUCAGAAACCACACUGUUUAGGGGUCCAUGCACCUAUAUGGCAUUAUUAUCAGUGAGUACCCACCCCCCCUCCUCCUCCCCCAAUGGGAUGUUGGUCAAUGAUUGCAAAGUUUUCACCAGUGGUAUAAACUAUCAUCUUUUUUCAUAAGAGUACAUCUUGGAGGUUGAGGGGCAUUACAUGAGUGGAACACUGAGAGGUUAUUGUUUAAGAAAAUAACAAGAUCCAGAUUGUAUGGCCAGAGCAUGAAACAGUCCUUCAGACUUGAGAUCUAGUAUGCCAACUGCAUGAUAUUGCACUUCCACAUAAAAAUAAAAGCAAAAGAAUGAUUUUGACUGUUAAAAAAGAGUUCAUUUUGGGCAAAAGGGAAAGUUUGCACAGCCAUUAAUGUUGAUUGCAUUUUUUUUUUUUUCAGUGACCAAGCCGGCCGUCCACCUUGCCCUUUGGAUCCAUUUUAUAUCAUGCCAGAUAAAUGUAAAUGUGUUGAUUUCCAAGUACUAAAACUGCAAGAGUCUCCAGAUGCUGUGCCUAAUGGAGAAAUGCCACGACAUAUGCAGUUGUACUGCGACAGGUAAAAUAUUGUUCUGCAUUCAAUGAAGCACCUUUUGCAACACCCCAAGAAACAGUUCAAGAGCUGUUGGUUUAGUUCUAGCAUGGAUAACAAAAACCAUGAAAAGAAGAUGAACUAUGCAAGGUUCUUUCUUUUCUGUCAAAUUGGAGUAGCUGGCCCUGAAGCUUUUCAAAAUAAAAGGCUAAUAAAUCUUUACGGCCCGAACGUGUAAAGGAAUGAACCCUUUUAGCAAUUAUUAUAACUAUGCAAAUUUUAAAUCUGUGUUGUUUUACAUGUAGGUAUUUGACAGAGAAGGUAGUUCCUGGUAACAGAGUUACGGUGAUGGGGAUAUAUUCAAUAAAGAAAGUUGCUCAAAAGGCAGACAAGGUAACAUAAUGAAGUGAAAGGAGUAAAGACAAACUUAGUUGCCUCUUACAGACAACAGAUAGCAGUUGACUGUAUUUCCCCUAUCCAGUUAGCUCAAUUGGAUAAGCACGGUCUGCAGAAUGAAAGGCAGAUGGUUCAAACCCCAGCUGGACUAACACUCACGGUCUUGAAAUAACUGAGGGGAAAGUGCUGUUUAUCUAAUAACAUGUGCAAAUGGUUAGACUUUGUAGUGUUCUCGGAUAAAGACAUUAAACCUUAGGUCCUGUCUCACAACCCUCGCACAUUUUAAUAAAGUCUGUUAGAAGUUAAAGAGCCCAGGCACUGUUUGUAAAGAGUAAGGGACAUAGUCCUUGGUGUAGUGGUCUAUCUUAAAUUCACACUCACAUAGGGGGCGUCAUUACUCAUUCCUUCAUUACUCGUAAACUGCACCUUACGCAGUCUGGCAAAAGUCCUCUAACUAGUGUUGUAAAUUAUCCCUGAUAAGACCUGAAAGGAGUGGACAGGGUUUUUAUUAAGAAUUUUCAUAGCAGGAGAAUGGUGUAAAGGUGUACAAUUACAGGAGAUUAUUUUAAAGGAGCUCCACGUCUGAAUAAAAAAUUGUCAUAGGCUACCAAACUAUAACCNAUAGGGUGCAUCAUUACUCAUUUCUUCGUUACUCGUAAACUGCACCUUACGCAGUUUAGCAAAAGUCCUCCAACUAGUGUUGUAAAUUAUCCCUGAUAAGACCUGAAGGGAGUGGACAGGGUUUUUAUUAAGAAUUUUCAUAGCAGGAGAAUGGUGUAAAGGUGUACAAUUACAGGAGAUUAUUUUAAAGGAGCUCCACGUCUGAAUAAAAAAUUGUCAUAGGCUACCAAACUAUAACCCUAGAAUUCUGCAUAGUAAUCAGAGAAUUCUCCUAUCUCUGAUGCCUAAUGAACACCAUGAGUGGAUAAUAAGAUACUUACAAUUUACUAUUUACAAUUUCUCUCAGGACAGGGAUUCAGUGGGUGUGGGUAUAAGGAAGCCAUACCUCCGUGUUGUCGGCAUUCAGGUAGACACAGAAGGUCCAGGGCGCAGCACUGGGGCACCACUCAAUCCACUUGAGGAAGAGGAAUUUAACAGAUUUGCUAGCAGACCUGAUGCUUUUGAGACAAUAGCAAAGAGUAUUGCUCCAUUCAUCUAUGGCAGUGAAGAUGUUAAGAAGGCAAUUUCAUGUUUACUGUUUGGAGGUUCUCGAAAAAGGUAAUUUAAUUUUACAAGACUUAUACGGUGAUCAGACAUAAUUACCUCAAAGCUAGGACUUUCCCCCAAAGUUUUAGACAGGGAGGCUCCACCCCAGCGGGGGGGGGGCAACCUGUUACCCUCUUAUAAUAUACCAUUUUUGACAAAAAAGGUUUCCCUUUCAUAUACCUUUUAUUGACAAAAAAAACCUCUUUAAAAUGCGAUAAAUGUGAUAAUGUCUUUAAAAUAUGAAUAUAACUAAACCAAGAUUUCAAGUUUUCUUGUUGUUAUUUUCUCAGCUGUCUUUCACACACUGUAAUGACAUAUAUCCCCACUUCAACCCUAAUGAAAUCCCUACUGUUUUAUAUUCCUGAAGCCUGAAAAAGGAUGUGCCCCUUUCAGGCAUAGCCUCCCUCUAUAGGCUGCUAGAGGGAUUCUAUUUUCCCAGGGACCUUCCAACAGGACACUGCUUCCUUAAAUUGGUGUGCGCUACAGUAGUGACUCAAGAUUCUCAAAUAAUAAUAAGCUAUCUAUAUUAUGUGCCACUGUGAUUGUCUGCGACAGGAUAGAGAAAUCACAGAGUCUGUGAAUAGGAAUAAUUUUGUUAAUAUCUACGUUAGGGUUUUAAAACUGAUACUGAAACAUGUGAUGUGGAGUUGGGAUUUCAGAGUUCCAGCACCAUACUGUGGCCCCAAAUUAAAAUCCAUGCUGAGUUCUUCUCUCCAGAAAAUAACUUAUUGGUCUUUCUCUAAUUUUUGCCCUCUUUUUUAUCUUUAGGCUUCCUGAUGGAUUGACUAGACGUGGUGAUAUCAAUGUUCUUUUAUUGGGUGACCCUGGUACCGCCAAAAGUCAGCUGCUGAAGUUUGUUGAAAAGGUCUCUCCUAUUGGUGUUUACACAUCAGGCAAAGGAAGCAGUGCCGCAGGUUUGACAGCAUCUGUCAUGAGGGACCCUGCAUCCCGUAACUUCAUCAUGGAGGGUGGGGCUAUGGUACUUGCUGAUGGUGGUGUGGUUUGCAUUGAUGAGUUUGACAAGGUGACCAUUAUUCUUAAUUCUUACUAUUUUUUGAGUCAGAGCAAUAAUGUGUUCUGAAAACUAAAUUUCUGUCUUAGAAGACCAAUCGCUGAUCCAGUUGUCACGUACAGCACAAGACUAACCAACCUUUGUGAGAGUAUAAUGCUAAUUAUUGUUUCUCAAAUAAUAAUUUAUUGAUUUUAUUUACAGAUGCGUGAAGAUGACCGUGUGGCCAUUCACGAGGCCAUGGAGCAACAGACCAUCUCAAUUGCCAAAGUAAGAAGUAAUUCUUUUUUAUACAAGUGUAGUCCGUGGAGUUUCACCACUAUUAUUGUUGUUGUUACCUGAAUGAUUUGUUAUUAUUUUACAUGAUGUUUAGGCUGGAAUUACCACAACAUUGAACUCAAGGUGCUCUGUGCUAGCGGCAGCAAAUUCUGUCUUUGGCCGCUGGGAUGAAACAAAAGGAGAGGAGGUGAGGGCAUUUGUUGUUAGCCUUUACUAUUGCAGCUGUGUUUUGGUGAUCCCAUAAAAAUAAAUCAUCAUUCUUUUUUGUCUUUAGAACAUAGACUUCAUGCCAACUAUAUUGUCCCGUUUUGAUAUGAUCUUCAUUGUGAAGGACGAACAUGAACAAAGCAAAGACAUGGUGAGUUAUUUUGUCAGAAGUCAGUUAAACGAAAUUAUGAAGAUCAUAAAUCAGUAGUGAGAAUAUUAGUGACAAUGAUGUCUUGCUGGUGUUCAGAUGAUGAUACAGAUAAACCCUGUUUAUUUUACUUGACUGUGUGACACAUUGUGAAAAUAAUGAGAUCCCAGCUUCUUAAAAGUUUUUCCUUUUCAGACAUCCUCCCAUCAUCAGUCCACCCACCCCGCCCUCCAUCAUGUGCACACACAUUAAGACAGAAUCCAUCAGUAUAAGUUUUCAUUUUCAGUGGACAAAAACCUGUACCAGAAUAGUUUAAACCAUAUUACAUUUUUCAAGGGCUAUAAAGUUUAUAGCCCUUGAAAAAUGUAAUAUGGUUUAAAUUAUUCUGGUACAGAUUGUUGUUAUAUUUAAUAUAAUACUAAUGGGAACCUGAAAAAUAAAUUUCAAAUUUCACAGGAAUUGAGAAAACAUAGAUAAAAUUUCAUAUGAUGAGAUUUCUUAUUUGAAAUUUAUUUUCUUGGGUUUCCAUGAGAAAUCUUCUUUAGUGUUAUUAAAAUAAUAUAAUAAUUAAUUUAUAAUUAUUAAUUAAUGUCACUAUAUAUUCGCUUAAAAAGGAAAACCCCAUGAAAAGUCAUGAAACUAAAUAAAGCACGCAGUCGUAAUGAACAAACAACUGGAUUGCGUAAUAAGGGGGGGACACAGCCCUGUGGCAGGCAAUUAGCAACUUCAAGGUUACUCGCAAAAAAAGCACAAAGCCUCACUUAUCACCCCACCACCACACGAGAUGGAUCAGACAAGAUGAAGGCUAAGGAAUAAGAUGGCAAGACACAAGAUGAUGAAGCUGAUAAUGCUUUAAACAGCACCUUGAGAGGAAAAAAUUUUGCUAAAAAUAAUGAUGAUGACUGUGAUAACAAUGUGUUAUUUCACUCCCCUUUGAACAAUUCACGCUUAGUGAUAACUUGUCUGCUCUCACCACACAGCACCUUGCCAAACAUGUGAUGCAAGUCCAUCUUAAUGCAGCUCAAACUGGACAAGCACAAGAAGGAGAACUGAGUCUGAACUUCUUAAAGAAGUAUAUUGGCUACUGUCGCAAGUAAGAAUUCUUAAACAUAUUUUGAAAGCAGGGUUUCCAGAAUUUGGGUCUUGGAAGGUUUUAGUCAAAGUGCAAAGUGCUUGUUACAUCGUAAUAUUAUUAUUAAUUUUUUGAGUAAUGCUUAACAUGUCACUAUCUUCCUUAUUUUUGUGAAGUCAUUUUACCACUUGAUUUUUAGCCCCUAAUCUUGCAUUCUAAAGUCUGCUAUAAAUCACAUAUUAUCUCUUUUGUUGUAGCAAAUGUGGUCCCAGGCUGUCUGAGGAAGCUGCACAGAUGCUGAAGAAUCGUUAUGUCCUAAUGCGAAGUGGGGCUCGAGAUUAUGAGCGAGAUGCAGAGAAAAAGAUUAACAUCCCUAUCACUGUUAGGUAAGAUUUUUCUAGAGCCUAAUAAGGGGUGAGGGUGUAAUGUCUUCUCUCUUUUUCCUGUACUUAAACCACAAAAAACGUCUUUGCAAAAACAGGUUUUGAAAACAAUUUGAAUUUUACCUUGCCCUUUGUACAAGCAUGGCUAAUAUUUUCCUUGCUUAGGGCUGGAAUCGGCAAGUGAUCAAGAAAGAAUAGUUACUUGCAUUACAGGAAAAUCUAUGGAUGGGACAUUUCUUGAGCCCUGCAAAUUUUUCAUCAAAAAAGCCAACCUCUAAACCCUCUAACAAAAAGAGGUCUUCAAAUUUUUCCUGCCAUAGUAGUUUUGAAUGCCCAUUCUGUUAACCCACCUUGGGUAUCCUGUGGCUCAUGCUUUGACCCUUAUAUGCUGCCUUUAAUUUUACACCAUUAUACGCUAGAACUGCAUGUUUUUAAGUUCCUGUCACCGAUAAUUUAAUUAUCUUUCAGGCAACUAGAAGCAAUCAUCAGGAUUUCAGAGUCACUUGCUAAGAUGAGGUUACUGCCUUUUGCAACAGCAGCGCAUGUUGAAGAAGCCCUGAGACUGUUCCAAGUGUCAACAUUAGAUGCUGCCAUGUCAGGAAGCCUUUCAGGUAAACCAAAAUCUUGUAUUUGAGUGAGUACCAUUUUAAGAUAGCUUUAGAAGCUGAAAGCAAAGCACACAUGGCCCCAUCUUGUUCAUUCAAUCCAUGCCUACCCCUCCUUCAUUCAGGGCAUUGUAGAGGCCUUCCAAGGGGAGGUAUGCUGUUUCUUUGUCCAUCAUUUCUGAGGCUACCUGUUGCCUGGUAGGUUAGGAAAAAAUUUUGCUGUCACAAUUAAUUUAUCAAGGACAAAAAUGUUGAUGUUGGUUUGGCAUAAAUUUUUGUGAUUCUCAAUUUGGAAUUCACAGCAGAUAGACAACUAGGGUAACUAACCCUUUCAACCAAUACCUUGGUGUUUUGCAUCAUUAUUAUUAGGAGCAGAGGAUUUUACCCCAGAACAAGAUGUGGAAGAAGUCAGACAGAUUGAAAAGCAAAUCAAGAAGAGAUUUGCCAUUGGAACACAGGUGAAGUUAAAUAUUCUAUAGGAAGCAAAAUAUUUUACAGGUGUUAAUUGCUUUGUGCAAUGGAACAUGACUUGCUAUGAUUUAGCUACCAAUUAUGUGUAUAAAAACAACAUUGAUUUUAGCAAUAAACAAUGAAUGUAUUUUGAUCAGGACUUGAGUGUGUGCAAGUCUCUCUGUGUGCUGUUAGCCCAAAACCGGCCAGAUCUACAGAUAAUCAAGCAGUUGACACUUAUCUGUUGAUAUUUAAAUAAACUCCCAUUUACAACAAUAACAAGCUACCAAUAUUAUUAUUAAUGUAAGCCUUCUAUUUUCAUAGGUGUCUGAGCAGAGAAUAAUUCAAGAUUUUGCAAAGCAGGUAAGCAAACAUUUAAAAGACUCUAGGUAUGAUGGCUGAUAAAAGCAAAGCCUAUUUUGCCCAGUGGAGUCGGCUUUUUCUUUCCCAUUAAUUGAAGAAAUUAAAGAAAUAUUCUUUCAAACCUUGUUGAUACAAUAUCGGUUACUUUACUCCAACCAGGAGCUCUUGAAACUCUUGCUCUUCUUAAAAAUUAGCUCAAUGCUGAUUUAGGUCUAAAUAUAUUUACAGAAUAGGAGUUCAGUUCAAUGUCCAUCCAAACAUGACAAAAUCAGUUUUCCCAGGUGGUUUAUUUGGAGAUUCCUUAAAGGCCAUUUCACGCUACCUUUUUAAAAAGCUAAAACUUUAUUUGCAUCAGUUGAAUUCCAAAAAUAAUGGUCCAGUUUUUUUAUCAAAGACUAUUAAGUCAUUGAAACUGUUUCCUGUUGUCUGUUGCAAACGGAUGACAGGGAUGGAUUCGGACUGGAACUUAAAAAACUUGGGCCAACUUUUUCAAGUUUUAAUGCCAUGCCUGCAAAAAUCACCCCAAAAAAUUUUGUGGUCAGUGCUCCUUGGUAAAAUUUGUUUGAUAUCUUAUUCAAAGCUCUACAGGAGCAUUUUUUGCAGGGGGAAAGAAACACAUCACUAUUCCACACAUUUCAGCUGUAUAGGAAUUUAUACCAUAGGAGUUUUUUAAGAACUCCCAUGCUCUGACACUUUUGUUUUGACUCUGCUGCAGAAAUAUUCAGAGCGUGCCAUCCACACAGUAAUUUACAUCAUGUUGAGAAGAGGAGAACUGGAACAUAGGUUCCAAAGGAAAGUGCUGUACAGAGUCAAGUGA